AUGGCUUGUGUAGCGCUCCUCGGAUCUCUGCUUUUGAUUACGGCCCGUGUUUUGGGGGCUGAUGUGGACCCAGCGAUGCCCUUCUCGGAAUAUCUGGACCUGAACCACGAUGUCCUGCUCAGAUGGGGAUUCGAUGUGAUGAAGGACACCAUCCUGUUUGAGCUGAGCGUAAAGAGCACGGGCUGGGUCGGCCUGGGGUUCAGUCCCAACGGAGGAAUGGCGGGAUCUGACAUCGUUAUUGGAGGAAUAAGCAGCAGUGGCAUGUAUUUUAUGGACAUGCACGCUAUGGGAAACGUCAUGCCCAGUCUGGACCAGAAGCAGGACUACAAGCUCAUCUCUUUAACCGAGUCCGAUGGGCAAACCGUCAUGAAGUUCCAACGAUUCAUCGAAGCCUGUCAGGAAACUGACUUCCCAAUUACUGUGAUGCCGAUUAAAUUAAUCUACGCCUACGGUGACACCGAUAACGUCGACUACCACAGAUCCCUGCGGGGAACGAAGGAAGUGAAUCUGCUGAGGUACAUGCCCCGGGCCAGCAUCCCUGACAGCAAAUACUUCGACCUGACCAUGACCAACUUUACAGUACCUGCCACGACCACCACCUACCACUGCAAGAUCAUGAAGCUUCCAGCUCUGGACAAGAAAUACCACGUCUACCGCAUCGAACCGGUGAUCGAGAAUCUGGACCUUGUGCACCACAUGUUGCUGUACCGCUGUCCAUCAGAUGUCACCCAGCCCAGCGAGUCGCCGUGCUACACCAGGAACGAGAACACCUGUUUCCAUGCUGUGGCUGUCUGGGGGGUGGGAGGAGGAGCUUUUGAACUACCUGAGGUGGCCGGUAUUCCUGUGGGGGGAGAAGGAACGGACGUCCUGUAUCGGCUUGAGGUUCACUACAACAAUCACCAUAAGACUGCAGGUCGUGUAGAUAAUUCCGGCCUGCGGUUUCAUUACACGGCUCAACUGCGCCAGUAUGACGCCACCGUUCUGCAGACUGGACUGGCGGCGACAGUGGGCAACACAUACGCAAUCCCGCCCAACGCCACGUCCUUCCUCACAUACGGCCUGUGUGACACCGGAUAUUUCCCACAGGUACUGUAGGCUCCAAGUGACAUGCAGGUAUUUGCAACUAUACUGCACACACACCUGGCGGGCAGGAAGGUGCGAGUCGGCCACUUCAGGAACGGAGAGCAGAUCGAUUUCUUGGCGUUGAAUGAGCGCUACGACUUUGAAUUUCAGCAGGUCACGCAACUGGGAAAAACCAAGACUGUUAAAGUGGGUGACAAGCUGCUGGUGGAGUGCACCUAUGACACGCAGAAUCGGACUGGACUCACCUGGGGGGGUCUCGGCACUGAAAAUGAGAUGUGCUUGGCUUUCUUCUACUACUACCCAGCGAUGGAGCUCAGUAGCUGCGCCAGCCUCCCCAACACACAGGCCCUCAUGACGGCGAUGGGUGCAGUCAAUACAACGGACUGGUUAAACCUGAUGAACAAAAAGAGUUGGGACAACAGCUCCAUCCUGGACUACCAGCAAACGCUAACAGCAAUUCAGCAGAACACAUUGGUCAUGAACACGGCGAACAACGUGGUAAUAAGUACAGGAAACAUCCCCGAGCUCAGAGCCUCUCCACGUGAAAGCUGCUUAAGAAGCAGAUCUGAGAUCCAGCGUCCAGCUACAAGGAUCCUGCUGCUGCUCGUUUGGGUGACACUGGCGCUCGUCUUCUUCUAA